CCUCCUCCUGCCAAAACCAUACUUCAUUUUUAUUGAAACUGACAAACCCACCUACAGACCCAAUGAUACAGUGCGAUUUCAAACUUUUUCCCUUGACCAUGAGAUGAAGCUCUCAAAUUGCGAUAUUGAAAUGCAAAUCUGGCACUCUGGCCAGGUUGUUGCAGAAACAAGGAGCCAUCAACAAGGCUCAGGUGCAGUCUGCAGGGGCGAAGUAAAGAUUCCUUCCUCGCUGGUUGGAGACUUUGAGAUACAGGGAGUCCCUACAUCAUAUUCUGUGUACCAGGGCUACAGAAACUUUCAAAUUAAGGAGCAAGCUUACAAGGAAAAAAAGGAAAGGGAUGAGGCUCUAACUUAUAUGAUUAACCUGACAAAGACAAAACGCUUCUUUAUACCUGGAGCUCCUUUUCGGAUUCUGGCAUCAGUAACCUAUGCAAAUGGUGUUCCUGUCUCUGGAGCGUCGUUCAAAAUUACAAUUCUCUCAAGCGAUAAAAAGAUACAAGCUACAAAGAAAGCAUUUACUGACAGUAUUGGUGAACUGAGUCUCUCCUUCAAUGUUCCUGAAGAUGCAAGUUAUAUAAAUAUUAAGGCCACCGCUGAAAAUAAAGCCAGUGGUACCGAAAUAAGCAGUGAAAUUACAAUUAAAUGCCACUACAGCAACAAGAUGUACCUACAUAUAAAUGUGCCAAAUGCUCUGCUGUACCCUGGAGAUAUCAUAUAUGUGAAAUUGUCAGCUUUCAGUCAGUUAGAUAUCAGCAGUGUCAACUACUAUUACUAUAUGAUACUCAACAAAGGAAAGUUGCUGCAUUUCGAGAGAAUUAGGAGGUCUGACAACACUUCAUUUCCAAUCACGAUCACAAAGGAUAUGGUGCCUUAUUUCCGCAUUGUUGCCUAUUACAUUGCAAAUAUUCAUGGUCACAAAAGCAUUGUCUCAGACUCAAUACGUGUGGAGGUGGAAGACCUUUGCAGUUCAGAGUUUCAGAUACAACCUGCCUUGUAUACAGAUAAUGAAGAAAGCGAUUUACUGUUGUCAGUUUUCUCUGACAGUGUAUCAGAUGUCUUUGUCCAAGCAGUGGACACUCAGCUUUAUGGACCCAAUAAGGACAUAAGUACAUUUCAGAAGGCUUUUUACAAAAAAGACUUUUAUGACUUUGGCUCUUCAUACGGUGGUGGACGAAACACUGUUGGUGUCUUUGAGGAUGCUGGGCUACGUUUCAUCUCUGAUCUCAUGGAAGCAACAGAAUUAAGAGAAACAUCAACCAUUCCAUGGGUAAGAGGACCGUUAACAUCACACCGAAAUGCUAUUGGGAUCGCGAAUACACACCAGACUAUAUAUCCCAUAUAUGACCAUGCUUGGAUGUGGGAGAUACAGAAAACCUCUGGAAGUAAAACAUACAGGUUAACAUCAGAGGUCGUUCCUCCAAAAUCCUGGGAAAUUAGUGCUUUUCGUAUCACGGAAGAAGGUGAAAUAUGUAUUGCAAAACCAUUGAGGAUGAAGAUUGAUGACAGCAUUUAGAAUUCAACAAUAUGCCCAACUGUGUGCAGACCGAGAACUCUGAUGUUGAAUUCCAUUAAAGUGGAAAGUCUUACAUGCGAAUGUUCAAAACUAAAGAUGUUGCGAUGCAGAACUUCAUGAUAUCAUAUAACUAUCUUCACAAUAUAACUGUCUCUCCUAUUUCAUUGUCCUAAUAACAGAAACAGGCCAGAUGAGCAGUGGGUGAAUGUGGUCUUUGCAAUCUCCCAUGUGACCUAUUUCCUCUGAAUGAAGUGACACGUCGGCAGAGAUCAAUAAAUUUCAGUCAAUCUU